UUCUUGUAAGAAGAAGAGGAAUCAGCAGCACCGAUUUGGCCAAGUGGAAUAAAGCGCAAUUGGCCGUGAUUUAACCGACAAUAUAAACUUCUCUGCAACUCCUUGGAAAACAAUAAAUUAAGGAUCGAAUCAUGGCCCUUCGCUUGACCCAGAGAUUGCUGCAGACGCAGACGCCGUUCCUCACCCGUGGCUACCCCCUGCUGGUGACCAAGGAGAAGACUGAGGAUGUGGCCCAUACCAAAUCGGCGCUGCAGAAGAAAGUGACGGGCACCGAUAUUCCUUCGGCUCAGUAUGGAGGUCGUCAUGCAGUCACCAUGCUUCCAGGUGGCGGAAUCGGUCCUGAACUUAUGGGCUACGUGCGCGAGAUCUUCCGGUACUGCGGUGCUCCCAUCGAUUUCGAGGUAAUUGACAUCGACCCCUCCACCGAAGGCAACGAUGAUCUGGACUACGCCAUCACCUCGAUUAAGAGGAACGGUGUCGCUCUGAAGGGCAACAUUGAGACGAAGUCGCAAAGCUUAAACGAAGUCUCCCGCAACGUGGCUAUCCGCAACGAACUGGAUUUGUACGUGAACGUUGUGCACUGCAAGUCCUAUCCGGGAAUUCCAGCCCGCCAUCAUGACAUCGAUGUAGUACUUAUCCGCCAGAAUACUGAUGGCGAGUAUGCUAUGUUGGAACACGAAUCUGUGCCCGGAAUUGUCGAGAGCAUGAAGGUGGUUACCGUAGAGAACGCCGAACGCGUAGCCCGCUAUGCCUUUGAGUUCGCCCGCCAAAACAACCGCAAGAAGGUUACUACCAUCCACAAGGCGAACAUCAUGAAGCUGUCCGACGGCCUCUUCCUGGAGGUUGCCAACCGCGUGCACAAGGAUUAUCCCGAGCUGGAGCACAACAACAUGAUCAUCGACAACACUUGUAUGCAGUCCGUUUCCAAUCCGCACCAGUUCGAUGUCAUGAACAUGACCAACCUGUACGGCACUAUUGUCUCCAAUGUUCUUUGCGGACUUAUGGGAGGAGCUGGCCUCAUUUCCGGCAGGAACUACGGUGAUCAUUAUGCCAUCUUCGAGCCGGGUACCCGCAACACAGGAACCGCCAUUGCCGGUAAGAACAUUGCCAACCCGGUGGCCAUGAUCAAUGCCAGUAUCGACAUGCUGAACCACUUGGGCCACAAGGAGCACGCCAACGUCAUCCAGGAGGCCACCUACCAGACCAUCGUCAACGAUGCCAUUCGCACGCCAGAUAUUGGCGGCACCCACUCCAGUACCGAUGUGGUUGAAAACAUACUCAAGAUCUUGAGUGCCAAGCGCGUGAAUUGGCCACAUGGAAACUAUUUUAGCCAAUUUUAGGCACUAUCGCAAUACAGAAACUCAACCAACAGCUAACAAACUCCGCAAAAUAAACCAAAUCGAAACAAGUCUAAUACCAAACCAAUCAAAAUUAUAUUAACCCACAACUAAGCCAAUUCGAGACAUCUUGUAUCCCAAGCCAAUGCAUUCAGCGCUAAUGUGAUGCCCAGAAAAAAUCGGUAUAAUCGAGGUCAAAUUAUUCCGCUGCUUUACCCAAUCAAAAUAAAUGUCCAUUGUGUGUUUAUUUGAUGUCCAAGUGUGAUAGUUCAGAUUUUCUUGCCGGCCCUAUCCAAUGUUUCUGCACUCUGACUCUUUUCUAACCCCUUACUGAGAGCAAUACUUUUCUUUUAACUUUCAUAUCUUAAGGCAAAAGCUCAUGUACAACCAGAAUAACACACUUUGCACUCUUCAAAUGCCGAGCAAGUCUCCAAAAAUAGUCAAUCAAAACGAUAUUAAUUUGUAAUUAAACGUUUUCCAAAUGAAUGGUAAUAUCGAAAAGUUAAUUCAAACAAAAUGUAUUAUUCUGUUCGAAUAUUUAUUAGUAAAGAAGAAAGUAAAAAAGACACUGUA